UUUUAACUUCCGGGUUAUCAAUGCUAGGUGGAGCAAUGACAUUGUACCAAACAGAAUUGAAGUCAAACCGUCGAGUGGCUUACAGUUUAUUAUUUCACAUGCUUUGAAAGUUUAAAUCAGCACUGACAUUGCCGUCAACAUGUCAUCCCCCACCACAGGUUUUAACGACGAGCUGCAGCCCGAAGGAGCGCAGGCGUCAGCUCGCGCUGCGUACGUCCUCACAGAUGAGGAAAGGAGGGUGUUCGCAGAGUGCAACAAGGAGAGCUUUUGGUACAGGUCGUUGCCCCUCUCUUUGAUCAGCGUGGGAGUCACUCAAGCCCUACUUGCCAAAGGUAUUGUGACUACAUCUCCAAGGUUUGGAUCUCUACCCAGAUUGGCCUUCGCUGGCUUUUUGGGCUACCUGCUUGGGAAAUUUUCAUACACGAGGGAGUGCCAGGAGAAGUUGAAGGGGUUGGAGAACUCUCCUCUGGGAGAAAUGCUCAGACAGCAAUCAGGAACGCCUUUACAAAUUCCCAAGAGGCCUCAGUCAGAGAUGAGUGACCCAGACACCAAAUCAUUUGACACAAUGUUCCAGCCAGCAGAAGUCCACAGCCAAGCGUCAGUCAAAAGGGAUUUUGAAUAUGGCUAUAAUCCAGAGCCACCCUUGUCUGUGGGCAAAGAAGAUUAUUACAGCGCUCCAGUGGAAGAAGACGAGCCCAGGAAGAAGUCCAUCCUCUAUGAGGACCUGAGGCUCAAGAACAGAGAGAACUACGAGGUCACGCUCAAUCAGAAGGCCGACGCGAUGCUCAAGAAUCAAGAGCCGAUGCACAAAACAUUGCCUGAGAGAGAGCCAUGGAGACCCAAGAACGAAGUUAAGAAGAACAUCUAUGGAGAUACCUGGGAGGACUGAGUCUUUAUAUAAAAUUAAGAUGUAAUCUAUAUGUGGGCUUCACUGACACUGCAGUACAUUAGGCAGCCCAGUGGUCAUUUUGCGCCAGUUUGACUCAGGUGUCAUGAGGUUGUAGAGUUCCUGAUAAAUCUCUUUGCAAAAGAGUCAAUUAAACCAAAUCAAAUUAGCAGUAAAA